AUGGUGUGGCUCGAAGCACAGCAUGUGCUAGAGCCAGGCCAGUCGGCGGUCGAGAAAGCUGAAAAGUAUGUGGCCGAUGCGCGGAUGGAAUGGCCACUCGCUCGGAUGAUGCUUGCAGAGCUGUCGCAUAUACCCCAUACCGAAAGAGCGUCUUCGUCGACAUCGACGACGGAGUCGAAGCGCCCGAGUUCUCCAUUCGACGAGCUUGUUGCUGUGAUCAAGGCCUCCCAUGGACAUGAUGCGAAUGCGUGGAAGGCGAUCCUGCCUACAUACGAUGGAUCAGCUACGCAGUGGCAGGUACUUGCGCCACUUGCCAUGGAUUGUAUACCCGACUCGGAUACACCGUUGGAACCUCUCCUUGACGUUCUAUCGGUCGUAUGUCUCCACACUCUAUCUUUGUCGAUAUGGGGUCGCACUGGGCGAUCUCCUAUGCCUGUCCUUAUCCAUGUGCUUGACCACCCUGCGCUGGACAGCGUGCGACCAGCGUGCUUGUUUGUGUUCUUGGUCCGGUUCUUUGAUGUCAUUUAUGCAUAUUCGCGCUCAGUGUACGCCGAGGCGCUGAAGCUAGCAACGCACUUCUUGCUUGAAAAGCGACAGCAGACCCACGAGCGUGACACUGUGCGCAGCACGGCCCUCACGCUGGGCGCCUUGCUCAUUGAAGAUCGCAUCUCCAAAGCGUUGCAUGCCUCACUGACAUCAAGCUCGACAGAGGAUCGUCUCCAGGGCGAUGCGUGUGUAUCGCUUGUGCUGGAUCUGUAUGCAUUGGUCUUGGUCCAGGGCGGCUUGACGACACCGCGUCUUCUGCGCCCGGUUGGCUUGGCGCUUGUACAUGAUGCUGUCAAGACCAUGAAUGCGUGCUUGUACUUGUCCAGUAUAACGGGUGUCGCGGCCUCUAUCCGUAAGACAUACGCGCACGACCAUGACCCUAGUACAGCCAAUGAGCGUUUGUUCAUGCAGUGGGAGGCUGACAUCGAUGCCGUUUGUGUGCCGACCGUGUCGCAACGUUUGUGGAAGCACAUUUCCCUAGUGCUGAGUAGCGAGGAAGCGAACGACGUGCCGCAGGUAUUGUGUGCGUACUUUCUCUAUGCGCUUUCCAUCGUAGCGCCGGGUUAUCCUGCACCCAUCCUUGAAGUGCAUACGCCCAAGCCUUUGGCGGAGAUGCCAGUGCCGUCGUCUUCGGCACCGGCAUCCCAGGCAUACGACAGGCUGUGUGCGGGCAUAUCUGCGCUUGUUGUCCAACUUCGUCAAGGCAUGUCGUGCAUCGCAAACGCCUUUACAGUGGCCCUCGCUCACGCCCGCGAUACAUUUGCGUCGAUGCCCCGAGUAUGUGUGUCAGUGCUGCCACUGCUGGGUGCGUCUGCCAGCACGGAAGUCUCGCAAGGCGCGCAUGUGAUAUUCCGUGCGUUGGCUGAUGAUUCCUACACGCGCUUCGAGUCGCUCCACAUGCUAUGGAUGGAUGCACGCGAGGCAGCGCUGGAGGGAGGGCGUUCCUUUGUCGUGCUGUUCGUCCUAGCGGCGCGACACGUUGCAUGGGCCCUGCCAUUGGCGCGUGCAUCCGUGUCAAUGCUGGACGAUAUGCUGCACGUGCUGUGCGAUCGAAAUAUGGGCGUGCUGCUGCCAUAUAUACCAUGGGGGAGCGGCAUGGGCCGAGAGGCCGAUGUCUUGUUCGUGUGGACAGGCAUAUCUGAGUGUAUCGCCACAAUGUUUGAGCGCAUUCCCGACUGGUCGCGCACGGCCGACCGGCAGGAAAUGCUGCAGUGGAUUGCCCAAGUGCCGAUGCUCGCGUCGUACAUGGUGCAAAGUGCCGAUUUGGCGUGCCGGUCGAACGAGCUGCAUUCACAUACGGACGACGUGCUCGGCACGCUGGCGAUGCCACUUGAUUGUGCCAUCAACUGGCUCCGGCUGAAUCACGAAGAGAUUCUGCAGCAGCUGUCCGACUACAUCCGACGGGCUGUGCAUUUGUUUAGUACACGGCACCUUGUGCUGCCGGCCCAGGUCCGGAAGCAUGCGGUCGACUUUCUCGCGCAGCAGCUGGGCGUGACGAACGUCCAGGAGCGCCGCACGCUGCUGUCUACGGCACAAAUGGAGCUGCUGCUGGAUGAGUUCCUUGCCCUCCCACGCUCGGAGCCGAAAACCGACUCGAAGGCGGAUCCAAAGCCGAAAACAAAGCCCAGGCUCCUGCAGCAGACGCUGUCGUUCACGACCGUACCACCGGGCCAGAAGGAGCGGACGGAACCGAAGAAAAAGCCGAUCGUCGUUGACCUGACGCGAGACUCACCGCGAACGGCCGCUCCGAAGCUGAAAGGGGUUUCGUCGUCAACGGCAUCCUCGACGCGCGCAUCGAAGCUCCAUUCAACGGGCAAGCUGGCACAGCUACGCAACGAGUUCCAGCUCACUCGCUCGGUCGCACGCAAACCACAUGCCCCAGUGCGAGCAUGGGAGCCUGACGAGCCGCGCGCGCCGCUCGCGACUAGCAGCGUCACGGGCACCAUCACGACGAUGCCACGAGCCCAGAUUCGUCGGCCGACGCAGCAGCCGAGUGGCCACGACGGCUCAGAUGACUCGGACACCAACGACUCGGACUCUGAUGCCGACUCGUCCAGCAGCGAUGGUCAUGGCGCGCGUGCAGAGCGUGGCAAGCCAAGUGCUAAAGGAGGGCUCGCAGCGCUUGCGUCGCCGCACAGAGCCAAGCCCACCGUUGUUCGUCGAACUGUCAUGCCUAUGAUGGACCCGGCCUUGCAGGAGGCCAUGCGCAAGGCCGACGACGAGCAGCGGCGACGCCGACUCUCGACAGCACCCUCCAUGAUGCCGAUGCAUGAGUGUAUUUUGUCGUGGAGCAUGAGCUCGAACGAGCCACUCCCGCCAACGAAGCUCGAUGGGACUGCCUUCUCAACGUCGUCGCCAGGUUCUUGGCACGCGACUGCCUCCUCCUACACAGAGCACUUUGGCACGCUUCUGACGCUCGAGGCAUGGGCACAGUUCCAGCAGGCAUGCGACGACGUCAAGUAUGCAACUUCAGUCGAUGUGCAGUACCUGCGGCAAAGCCGCGUAGACAACUUUGUUCAGCUGGAAUUUGCUGCGCGAUCGACGAUGCCGGCAGGCGUCUACUUCAACGAGACUGAUAUUGUGUACCUGGAGCUGCCAUCGCGCGCACUGAAACUGAUUGCUAACGUAUACUUUAGCCGCAAGCAAGCGACCAGUCAGCCGGGGUCAAGUGGGCUGGAGCUUGGCAUCCGUUGCCUGUACGCGCAGGCGCAGAAUGCGAUGCCAUGGAUCCAGGAGCCUGGCUGGCGCAUCGUCAAGCUUUUCAGCCUCACGACGCUUCGCCGCGAGUAUGCAGCGCUGUGCAGUGUGCCGGACUUGGCGAUGGUGCAGGAUGUGCUCCAUGCGCGUGUCGCGCCGUUGCCAGACGUCUCCGUGGCUGAUCAGACGAAGGCCAUGCGCAUGUACGAGCUGAACGAGCCACAGGCACGUGCUGUCGUCGCGACGAUGCGCACGCCAGGCUUUUCGCUGAUCCAGGGCCCCCCCGGCACGGGCAAGACGAAAACGAUUCGUGCGCUUGUUGCGUCGUUCCUCUCGCGGCGUGCCGGGACAAGCGUCGGCCCCAAGAAAGCGGCGGCGCCGGCGCGCGACGGCCCAUCGGCUCGUAUGCUGCUGUGUGCACCGAGCAAUGCGGCCAUUGACGAGCUCGUCAGCCGGAUCAAGGACGGCGUCGACAUUGAUGGCAAGCGCGUGGUGCCGCGUCUCGUCCGGCUCGGGCGUGAUGAGGCCGUGAAUCCGGCCGUCCGCGACGUGACGCUCGACGCGCUCGCCGAACACGCCGGGUCCAAGGACACGGCGGCAUCGCGCGCCGCAGAAGAACUCCAGCGCGUGGAGCGGGCGUGGCGCGACAAGCGUGCGGAGCUGGAGCAGUCCGCCUCAGCACCGACAUCGUCCACGAGCCGUGAACGUACGCGUGCGCUGCAAGCAGAGCUGAACGAGCUCACGGACAAACGCUUUGAACUGCGCGAGCAAGUGUCGUCCCUACAAAGCCGCAGCAAGAUGGGAUCGAUGCGGCCCGAGACGGAGCGUCACAUGGCCCGUAUGAGCAUCCUCGACGAGGCAGAGAUUGUGUGCGCAACACUGGCCGGCGCCGGGCAUGAGAUGCUGUAUCGCUACACGUUUGACACGGUGGUGAUCGAUGAGGCUGCGCAGGCCGUCGAGCUCAGCACACUCAUCCCCCUUCGCUACGAGUGCACACGCUGUAUCCUCGUCGGUGAUCCGAAACAGCUGCCACCCACCGUGCUGAGUCAAGAGGCGGAGCGGCGGCAGUACGCGCAGUCGCUGUUUGUGCGCAUGUUCAAUGCGUCGCCCGACCGUGUGCAUCUGCUAUCGAUCCAGUACCGCAUGCAUCCUGACAUUAGCCUCUUUCCGUCGACGGCCUUCUAUGGCCGCCAGCUCAUCGAUGGACCACAGAUGGCGUCCAAAACACUCCAGCCAUGGCACAACACACAGCUCUUUGGCCCAUUUCGUUUCUUCCACGUCGAUGCGUUGGAAGAGCCUGGUCGCAGCCACUCGAUCCAGAAUCAGAGCGAAGCGUACACGGCGAUGCAGGUGUACGAGGCGCUGUGUGCGUGUGCGCAAACGAGCCUGCGUGGACGCGUCGGCUUCGUCAGCAUGUACAAAGCGCAAGUCGAUCUUUUGCGCACCCUCUUUGUGUCGCAGUAUGGACGCGCGGCCGCGAUGGACGUGGACUUUAGCAGUGUGGACGGCUUCCAGGGCCAGGAAAAAGACAUCAUUAUUCUGAGCUGCGUGCGAAGCAACAAGGACCGCGUGAUGGGCUUUUUGAGCGAUCACCGACGGCUGAACGUUGCUCUCACGCGUGCUCGGAGCAACAUGAUAGUGAUUGGAAAUGCCUCGAUGCUAGGCAAUGACACAAUCUGGAGGGACAUGAUUAGCGAGGCGCGCUCACGCGGCUUUGUUGUGCCUGUGCGAGGCGACACAUUUGUACAUCCGCAGCGACUGGCUCCGCCGAAUCAAGGGGGUCGUGAAUCAAGCCAAGUCGCAGCCGCGGCUUCCGGUCCGCCGACACCGUCGUCAUCUGCCGCCGUGCCCAAGAAGACACCGGCGCCGGCGCCUUCUCGAGACGCAAAGCUGAGACCCCCUUUGCAUCGGAAGCUUGACUCGUCCGAACGAGCCUCGUCUCCGACCACACCGUCGGCCGUCCGGACACCCAAGACCAAGACCAUUGCAGCACCGACAUCGACAUAUCCUUCCACUUCCACCUUCGCACCUAAAGCAUCUGCUCCUGCACAGGCUCCCGCCCCGUCUCCCAUCUUGUCAACGCACAAACGACCUGUGCCCCCUCAGCCCGUCCAGCCCAUACCACCACCCGUGCAUGCCAAAGCCAGCGGACAGCGGCCUCCGAAACGCAAGUCAACCGAGCCGCCACCCAUCCUCAAAGCACCUCCAAGAGUCGUCCCAUCAGCGGCUCUCCUCGCACCCACCAAGACCCAACAGCCAGCGACACAACGCACCAAAAAGCCCGGCAAGUGGGCCGCCAUUGUCGAGCGAAACCAGGCUUCGUCCUCGUCGGCCAAGCCGGCUCCCUCGGCUCAGAUACCCCCGGUCGUCAAAGCUGAUCGCCCGCCCCGCGAGCAGGGCGGCGGGCCUAGCUGGCUCCGCUCGGCGCGCCCACAUUCCCUGCCACGUCGACCGUCGUGA